AUGGACAAAAUCACAGACAAAAUCGCCGCUCUGCCGGCCGAUAGAGAGUACUUUUCUCUCGAAUUCUUCCCCCCCAAGACUGCCAUGGGCUUCUCCAACCUGCGCCAUCGACUACAGCGCAUGGAACAGGCUUUGAAACCUCUUUUUGUCAAUGUCACUUGGGGAGCUGGAGGAUCAACAGCGACCAAGUCCCUUGAGCUCGCCGAGCUCUGCCAGCGGGAGCUUGGCUUAACAACGUGUCUUCACUUGACUUGCACCAACAUGAGCAAGCGUCUUGUCGACAAGGCCCUUGAAGACGCCAAAGCCCUCGGUAUCCGUAAUAUCCUCGCUCUCCGAGGAGACCCUCCGCGAAAGGAGGAGUACUGCGAUGCAGAAGAUUCGGAGGACGAUGGGCAGCAAGAUUUCACAUGGGCCAUUGACCUUGUGAAAUAUAUUCGCAGGAAGCAUGGGGAUUACUUUUGUAUUGGAGUGGCAGCAUACCCCGAAGGCCACUCAGACGAGAGUCACCCUCAGGACCAAAGUUUGGAACAUGAUUUGCCGUACCUGGUGGACAAGGUACAAGCCGGUGCCGACUUCAUCAUGACCCAGCUCUUCUUCGACAUCAGUGCCUAUGACCAUUUCGAAAAGACCCUCCGAGAACACCCUAGUGGCGCUUUCAAGACUAUCCCCAUCCUUCCUGGCUUGAUGCCAAUUCAGAGCUAUCAGAUGAUCAAGAGGACAACCAAGCUCAGCCACGCGAAGAUGCCGCCCGCCAUCAUGGAUCGUCUCGAUGCUGUCAGGGGCGAUGACGAAAAAGUCAAGCUAGUCGGUGUGGAUAUUGUCAGUGAACUCAUUGACCAAAUUAGAAAAAUCAAGAACCGAACACCAGGCCGUAGAGGCUUUCACUUUUACACCUUGAACUUGGAAAAGGCGGUUUCCUUUAUUGUCGAGAGAACAGGCCUUAUUCCCCGCGAAUCAGAGAAUGAGGAGGCGCUCAUUGACGACGGUACUCUUGCGCCUCCGGCAAUCCAGGUCAACGGCACCCGAGCUUCAACUCACUCCCGGACAUCCAGGAGACACUCGUCUGUUGGUUCUGAUCCCUAUAACCGAGUCAUUGUUGCUGGCCAACCACCAUCACACCCUGAAUGGGAGGCAACCGGACAAGAAGCGGGCGUGCCGGCUGAAAGCAUCAACUCGCGCGCAAACACGCUCGCCAUUUCCGAGGGCGAAGGUGUCUUGGGCAGGGAAGCCACGUGGGACGACUUCCCCAACGGUCGGUUUGGCGACUCGAGAUCGCCGGCGUAUGGUGAAAUCGACGGCUACGGCGUAAGCUUGCACAUGUCAGUCAAUCAGGCCGUGACGCUUUGGGGAUCCCCCACGAGCCGCCAGGACGUCAACAAUGUCUUUGUCAGGCACAUCAAGGGCGAGAUAUCGGCCAUACCAUGGAGCGAAGAGGGACUGUCCCCCGAAUCGUCAACCAUCCAGUCUCGCCUUGUAGAAAUGAACGGCAAGGGCUGGCUGACGGUUGCGUCACAGCCCGCCGUCAACGGCAUCUCAUCAAGCGACAGGACAUUCGGCUGGGGCCCAGUCAACGGCUUCGUGUUCCAGAAAGCCUUUGCCGAAUUCUUCUUACCAUCGGCAGACUGGCACACGCUAGCCGAAAAGUUGAAGGGAUCCGACUACUUCGACAGCGUCUGCUUCUACGCGGCCAACGCCAAGGGCGACUUUGUCUCGUCGUACAUCAGCGGCGGGCGGUCCACGCGAACCGUCGCAGCGAGCACCAACGCCGUGACAUGGGGCGUGUUCCCCGGAAAGGAGAUUGUCACGCCAACCAUUAUCGAGGAGGUGAGUUUCAAGGCAUGGAGCGAGGAGGCCUUUGGUCUGUGGGGAGAAUGGGCCAAAGUAUACGGACGGGGGUCGGAGAGCGGAAAAGUACUGAGCGGCAUUCGAUCUGAUUACUGGCUGGUGAAUAUCAUCCACCACGACUUUAUAGAUAGGGAAGCAUUGUGGAAGUUGCUACUCGAGUGA